AUGGGAAUGCGAGUUUGCCCCCAUCUCUCUUUCUCUAUCUCUCUACAUAUCUCUCCAUCUCACUCACUCGCUAUCUAUCUCUCUAUCAACCUCACUUUCUCUCUAUCUCUGUUACUUUCUCUCUAUCUAAUUCUCACUCUAUCUAUCUUUUUCUCUCUAUGUCACUCUCGCUUUAUCAAUCUCUCUAUCUCUCAUUCUCGCUCUAUCUAUCGCUAUCUCUCUAAUUCUUACUUUCUAUCUAUCUAUCUAUCUAUCUAUCUAUCUAUCUAUCUAUCUAUCUAUCUCUUUGUUCCUAUCUAUCAUCUAUCUAUCUAUCUAUCUAUCUAUCUAUUUUCCCUCUAUCUGAGCAUCUAUCCUCCUUCCUAUCUCUUUCCUUCUGAUUCCCUUCUGAUUCCUCUAUCUAUUUUAUCUAUCUAUCUAUCUAUCUGUUCAUCUAUCUAUCUAUCUAUCUAUUCAUCUAUCUAUCGCAGUCUGUUCCUAUCUAUCUAUCUAUCUAUCUAUCUCAAUCUAUCUAUCUCGGACGCUUCCUCUUAUAAGUGCAGCCAUCUCUCUCUCUCUCUCUCUCUCUCUUUUCUCUUUGUUUUAACUUUCUUUCUAUGUCCUCCCUCUCUCGAUUUAACCACUCCUCGUCGUCUUCUCAACUCUGCCGCGUUUUUUGUACGUCUCGAUGCAGCUGCUGCUUCAACCACCCAUACACCUGCUUCUUAUUCUACUUCAAGCUAUUUUCCAAGACCACCUUUUCACCACUUUCUUCUAUCUAUCUAUCUAUCUAUCUAUCUAUCUAUCUAUCACAGUCUAUUCUUAUAUCUAUCUAUUUAUCUAUCUCAGUCUUUACUUAUGUCUGUCUAUCUAUCGCAGCCUAUUCUUCUAUCUAUCUAUCUAUCGCAGCCUAUUCUUCUAUCUAUCUAUCGCAGCCUAUUAUUCUAUCUAUCUAUCUAUCUAUCUCAGUCUAUUCUUAUAUCUAUGUAUCAAUCUAUUCUUAUAUCUAUCUAUCUUCUAUCUAUCUCAGUCUAUACUUAUAUCUAUCUACUUAUCUAUCUAUCUAUCUAUCUAUCUAUCUCAAUCUAUUCUUAUAUCUAUUUAUAUAUCAUCUAUACUUAUAUCUAUCUACUUAUCUAUCUAUCUAUCUAUCUAUCUAUCAAUCUAUCUCAAUCUAUUCUUAUAUCUAUUUAUAUAUCAGUCUAUCUAAGUCUAUUCUUAUAUCUAUCUAUCUAUCUAUCUAUCUAUCUAUCUAUCAAUCUAUCUCAAUCUAUUCUUAUAUCUAUCUAUAUAUCAGUCUAUCUUAGUCUAUUCUUAUAUCUAUCUAUGUAUCAAUCUAUCUAUCUAUCAAACUAUCUAUCUAUCUUAGUCUAUUCUUUUAUCUCUCUAUCUACCUACCUAUCUAUCUAUCUCAGUCUAUUCUUAUAUCUAUCUACCUAUCUAUCUCAGUCUAUUCUUAUAUCUAUCUAUCUAUCUAUCUAUCUCAAUCUUUGUUCAAUAACGACUCACCGUUUCCCUUCCUUUCUCUUGUCCUUUACACUUCAGAUGAUUCGCGCCAGCGGACCUUACCGACCACAGCCCCAUGUUUUUUUUUUAUUCCCAAAUGUUGUCCCAUUCCACCUCCAUCAUAAACCUUUUCUCUCCUUCCUUUCAUCUAUCUCUAGCCCUUCAGAUAUCGAACUGAUCGAUCGAUGA